AUGGGUGGUCAGGCUGGCGACGGGACCAGGGAGAGCAGACGAGCUGGCGCAGUCCCCUGGCGACCGACAAGUGCCUUCCGUUCCUUUUUGGCAAACGGCCGCGAGGAGUUGCGGGAUGUUAUAACCCGGUGUGGCGGGGACAAAGCUAUGCUUUCCCUUGCUGAUGUUGAUGCCGAUGCUGAUGUUGAUGCUGAUGCCGAUGCCGAUGUUGAUGCCGAUGCUGAUGCCGAUGUUGAUGCCGAUGCUGAUGCCGAUGCUGAUGCCGAUGCUGAUGCCGAUGCUGAUGCCGAUGCUGAUGCCGAUGCCGAUGUGGAUGCCGAUGCUGAUGCCGAUGCUGAUGCCGAUGCCGUGCCGCUUUGUCUGUGUAUUUUCCACACCACCAGCACACCACCGUCGCCAUCACCAGCCUCAGCAUCACCAACAUCACCAGCAUCCCCAGACACCAGACACCAGACACCAGACACCAGACACCAGACCAGACCAGACCGCGCCCGCCCAUGCCUCCCUGCUAUUACGCCCCGCCUCAAAGGUCACGUCAGCACACCUCGACAGCAGACGUGCAAAGCUCAUGUUAGCUCACCUCAACAGCACGCACUAAAGCUCAAUGUUAGCAUUGGCGUUUCGACAGCACGCACGGUCCGCGUGUCAUACAUCUGCAUGAUAAACAUGCAAAGACAAACCAACAGUAAAAACACGCACAACCCUACCCAACCAGCUUCCAUUGACUCCAUCACAUGCUAUAUAGUGCCGCUCAUAUGUCAGUGUAUCGAUACAAAAUGCGACUGUGCCAUUCGUUAG